CAACUGGUGGGACCACAGUUACAGACCUGUUUUAUCUGAGAGCGGAUGUGAAGUUGUGAGCUAGAAUUUUCGAUUAGACUGCACCUUUCAAUUGCGCUUAUACAUUACCACGAUUAGGAACAUAAUGCAAAAAAAUUAGUGCACCAGUGUACUUGAGAAUUUUAUCGGUGUAACAGAGUUACCUACUUCUUUUUGUGAAUAUCGUUAACGGAGUUAGCUUGCUUUGGUAAAAUAAAUAUAUUUGGAAUACCAAUACAUCAAUUUUCUUCUCAUUCUUGCCAGAAUGUCCACAUUGAGGAAAUGGGCUCAGAACACACAAAAUAAGUUGAAUAUAAAAACCAAUAACACGAAUGGUACUGAUGGCGAGCGUAAAUGGAUUCAUCCGCCUGGUACCCUCCAGAAAGGCCAUAUUGCCUAUCUUGUCAAAUUUUUAGGAAACAUCGUGGUAGAUCAACCAAAAGGUAUUGAUGUUGUGAAAGAAGCUAUAAGAAAACUAAGGUUUACGCAACAAUUACGUAAAAGUGAAUCUGGUGCCAAAACGAAAAAAGUGGAAUUAACAAUAAGUAUAGAUGGAGUAGCCAUACAGGAACCUAAGACGCAUGUCAUUCUACACAUGUUCCCCUUACAUAGGAUAUCGUAUUGUGCUGAUGAUAAUGGCGAAAAACGGUUCUUCUCCUUUAUUGCGAAACAAAACAAUCAAGUGGAUGGCAAUGAUGAAGAGACCCAUGAAUGUUUUGUUUUCAUAUCCGAUAAACUAGCAGAAGAAAUUACCUUAACCAUUGGCCAAGCAUUCGAAUUGGCUUAUAAGAGGUUUUUAGAAACAUCUGGAAAAGAUUUAGAAGCUCAACGACGGGCAAUUAUCACCCAGCAAUAUAUAAAACGUCUUGAAUUGGAAAAUAAUACAUACAAGAUGAGAUUGCUAUACUUAUCGCAAUUGAGUAGUUGUAAAGGCGAUUUAGACCAAUAUUUGAGAAAGCACCAUAUUAAGAAUAUACUAGAAAUACCCCCUUCUACCAGUAAUACUAGUUCCAAAGGCACAACUGAAGAAGACGUUAAAACAAGAGAAACCAAUGGAAAAACUGAUGCACUCUUAGAUUUAACAUCAGAGGGUGAUAAUGAAAAUGCGCCACCUGUGCCACCAAGAAUUUUCGACAGUAACCCAUUACCAUCUGUAGGUACUAAAUUGGAAGGUCUUUUGCUCAAUGAGUUUGAUCAAGAAGAUAAUGAUUUUGAUCCUAGAUCCUUCGAACAAACCAAUGAAAGUAUUCAACCAAAGGCACCUUUGAUUGCACCUCCACCGAAAGCUCCACGUAAGCAAACUAUGAAUAAUAAUGUAAUUGAAAAUAGUGAUGCUUGGAGUUCGCCUUUCUCGCCAGGAAGUCCAUCGACCAAUAGCCUCACAAGCCCAAAAAUUCUGGAUCCAUUCGAGAUGGGAGAUUUUGGCAAUACAGCGACUACCCAAGAUAUCGAAAAUGCUCUAGGUUUAUUGGACAAAAAGAUAUUGGAAAUGAAAACUGGAUUCAGCCAAGGCAUAUCAUUUGGUAAUGAUGAUUUUUCUCUGGAAAGUUUGGAUCCAUUGAAACACUGAGAGGCCAGUGAAGAAGUUGUGAAGUCAUGAAAUUAAUUUAUAGCUGAUCCAUUGCAUUGAUAUUGAUUAUAAAUAGAUUAUAUAAAUAUUUUAAGGAAUUAUAUUUUUCGAAUAUCA